AUGAAUCAAAACCAAAGGAGUGAUGAAGAAAGUGGUGAAAGUCAAUGGAGUAAUGAAAAAAGUGGUGAAAUUCAAUGGAGUGAUGAAGAAAUUAUAUGGAGUGAUGAAGAAAUAUUGAACCAAUAUUUUGCUGAUCCUGAUGCAGAAAAAAGGAGGUAUGAAGAACUCCUUAACGCAGAAGUGCCGAGAUGCAUUAUUUCUGAUCGAGCUCAAACUCACAAGGUCUCCCGUGAGUUGGACCUUGUGAAAGUUGGACCGCAAUCAGGGUACGCCCUUCCAUUACUACUGCCCCACCUGCCAAGUGGAGUUCCACGAUGA